GGACACGUGACGCGGGUCGCAAGAAGCUUCGCUUCCGCUCCUUCGAGGUCUUGUCUACGACGCGGAAUUUUUGGGACAUCCUGUACGUGGGGCCGAGAUUCACGGUGAUUGGCUGCGAUCUGCGUUUCAAGGAUAAUAGAGAAGCGUCUCUCUCUGCGUCACAGCGACACGUUACUUCUUCGCUGCGACGGGAAGGUGCAACUACGUUUUUCGCCACGAAGGAGUUUCUGUUUUCGACAAGGAUGCUGCGAAUCGCGUCGAUAUUCUUGCUUAUUGCCGCCACGGAAAUCAUUGCACACGAUUGCGCAGACAAGGACGCGCCAUGUCCUACGUUUAAACAAGACACCGACUGGCAGUCGGCCACCUCGGUUUACGAUUUCCAUGCGAACGACAUCCUGGGCAACGAUGUCGCACUGGACAAAUAUCGCGGCCACGUCCUCAUCAUCGUUAACGUUGCCAGCCAGUGCGGUUUAACGGAUGUCAAUUACAGGCAACUUCAACAGUUGUACAAUAAGUAUAGCGAGAAGGAAGGCUUGCGAAUUCUUGCGUUUCCUUCUAAUCAGUUUGCUGGCCAAGAGCCUGGCACCUCUGAGGAGAUACUGGACUUCGUGAAGCAGUACAAUGUUACCUUCGAUAUGUUCGAGAAGAUUGACGUAAACGGAGAGGAUGCCCAUCCGCUGUGGAAGUGGCUGAAGAAGCAGCAAGAGGGUACCAUCACCGACGGUAUUAAAUGGAAUUUUACCAAAUUUAUUGUGAACAAAGAGGGCAAAGCAGUGGAGAGAUUCGCUCCGACUACUGAACCGUUAAGCAUGGAAGAAACUUUGGAAAAGUACUUUUAAGUUCUUACAACGCUUACCACCUUUUUUAUAUUCAAUUUUUUUUCUAUCUGCAUAUUUCCAAUAACUCCCUUUUUUAUUUAGUACAGAAAUAUAUAUAUAGUUACAUAUACGUAAGUACAUAAUACUAACAAAGUAUGGAAAAUUAUUUUGUUUCUUUUGAUUAUAUUCCUCCUUUCAAAAUAUAUUUUCUUAAAUAAUG